UUCUCGUGUGAAAAAAACUGUUAUCACACACAAAGAGCUAGAUACGUUUUGCUUGUCUUUCUUAUCGUUUAACCUUUGUUAAGAGCUGGUAACUCUGUUAGCUUAGCAUUACCAUUGUAAUGCAUUCGGUAGUUAGCGUUACGUUAUGCUAACACACUGCAGCUAACUGGAGUUUGUAGAGAUCACUCAAUGAAUACUUUUUUAUUGUAACGUGAUGAACGUCUCCGCUUAACUGUAGUAAAUUAUCUGAAGCAAUACAUUAAUAUUUAGCUAAAUAACUGAGCUGUUUGCUUUACUUCCCAUGUUAACUGGGCGAAAACGUUUGGGUGUCUGUGUAAUUGACCCCAUCACCUUGCAAAGAUGGAUUUCCAGCAUCGAGCUGGAGGGAAGACGGGGAGUGGUGGGGUGGCGUCAGCCUCCGAGAGUAACCGUGAUAGGCGAGAGCGGUUACGUCAGCUGGCUCUGGAGACCAUUGACAUCAACAAAGACCCCUACUUUAUGAAGAAUCAUUUGGGAUCAUAUGAGUGCAAACUUUGCUUGACACUUCAUAACAAUGAGGGCAGCUACUUGGCUCACACACAAGGAAAAAAACAUCAGACCAACUUAGCACGGAGAGCAGCCAAAGAGGCAAAAGAGGCUCCUGCUCAGCCAGCUCCAGCAAAAGUAAAAGUUGAGGUCAAGAAAUUUGUCAAAAUUGGUCGACCAGGAUACAAAGUAACCAAACAAAGGGACCCAGAGACGGGACAGCAGUCCUUACUUUUUCAGAUUGACUACCCAGAGAUCGCUGAAGGAAUUGGACCAAGACAUCGUUUCAUGUCUGCUUAUGAACAGCGCAUUGAGCCACCUGAUCGUCGCUGGCAAUACCUGCUUUUGGCUGCUGAACCAUAUGAGACUAUUGCCUUUAAGGUUCCCAGUAGAGAAAUUGAUAAAGCAGAAAACCGCUUCUGGACCCACUGGAACAGAGAAACUAAACAGUUCUUCCUGCAGUUUCACUUCAAAAUGGAGAAAGCUGUUCCCCAGUCCAGUGGACCUCCACCUGCUGCAGGUGUGAAGCGCCCUCCUCCUCUCAUGAGUGGAGUUGGACCUCGCCCACCAAAUGAUUCUUUGCCUCCUCCCCCGCCAGGAGGGAUGCCCCCUCUCCCACCAGGUGCUCCGGGUACCCCCCAUAUGCCCCCUCAGAUGCCCCUGCCCCCCAUGCCAAUGAGGCCGCCUCCUCCUGAGGGACUUCAUAAUAACUGAUCCCCUACCGGUGUAUCCUGAUUGGUGUUUUCAGUUAUAAUAAAAAUCCACAUUUAGUAGAUUUUUAUACAUUUGUUUGGUUUAUGUAAAUGUGUAGGACAGACCCUAUGACCACACUGUUUUGUAUAAAAGUUUAGAUUCUGGAGCUAUGGCUGAAAACGGCUCAUCUUUUAAGAUCUGUUUUUGUAAUUAAAUUCUGUGCAGAAAAAACA